AAUAAUGUUAUCAAUAGAUAAAUCAAACCGGGUCCUUGUUGAUGCACAAAUCACUGAACCCGUGGUUCAUCGCAUACUUUUAUAAAAUGGCUUGUUGUUUGUGCGACACGGAAGGUGAUGGUCAUUUUUAAUGGUUGAAAAAGGGAAUACCGUGUGUGGGAGUGCGUUAUGGUGUUAUGAUGAACAAGUAAAGUUCAAAGCAGCCCGCUAUCUAAUCGACUGUAAUUUAGAACAUCCACCGUUCACUAGGCCCGUCACGAGUCAGGAAGCAUUUUGUCAGGACUCAUUUAGAGCGACCAAUCGSAAGAGAGUUUUGUGAUUUGCUUAGAAAGUGCGUUUGCUUGGAAGAAAGGAUAGCGCGAUUCAAASUKCUUGGUACAUCGCAAUCUUGCAGGGUCACAAGCCCGCCUUCUACGUUGUGUGCUGAAUAUUUAGACAUUUGAAGUAUCUGGGCUCACGCCUCCCCGGUUUAGAACAACCGAGAGUAAACAUACAAAGGUCUAGUGAAAAUUGUGAGAACGCUCCGCCUGCUUGUUUAUAUUCCAAAGAUUAUUGGGUGUUGGAUGGCAUUAUGAUGCGAUUUUCUUUCAUGAUCUGCCAAUCACGUAUUAGGUGACGAGUUCACAAGUACUAUAAACCAUCAGGGGGUCUCAAUUGAUUUGCAAAUAAUUGGAAACUUUAAUACGACAGAAAAUAAUUAAAAUCUGUCUGGCUUGCCACUCAAGCYCUUGUCAAUUCCCAAAAGCACCCUUUGAAAAGUGAUCGGUAAACCAUAUGAAAGACAAAGACUUGCCGCUGCACGAUAUUUUAAACUGAGCCGAGCGACCCGAGUGCGGCUUUCAAAUGUCCCUUAGGCGCUAAUUGGUGCAAUCUCUGACAUGUUCAUUGCUGUAGAGCAGUGUUUAGGCAUAUAGAGGAUUUUGGUAACAGUGCUGACGUUUACCGCCGCCGACUGCUACAGCCCGAGGACACAAAACAUUCUGCAGUGAGCGUGAAUUAAGUGUAAUUAUGACAACUCAGUUGGAUCCGCUGGGAACUAACAGUCCAAACCAGGCAACGUUGAGACAAGUAGUAGGCAAGAGAAAGCGAUCACAUACUCGUGACUUGUCCCCUCCGUUAACUCCGAUAUCUCCGAACUCAUCGCAUUCAAAGCGACUUGAGACUUCCACAUCCGCCUUCGACUUGAUCAACAGUGAGGCUGAUCGUGGUUUAGGGAUACACGGCGUGAGCAGUGCUAGUGGCAAUGGGAUAGUGACAACAGGGAAUAGUGCCACAAGCGGUUCUCUAGUAGCCUGUGUACCACGAUUAUCACACUCGCCACCAGUGCACGACUAUCGUGAAGUUCUUCCAAUGCAGUCUCAGGCUCACCAGUAUUACCCUACUCAAUACAACCCAUUGCACUACCAACAGCAACAACCRAGGUUUGAUUUUCAACAUGGCCUUGAGCCUUUCCAAUCGUCUCAUUCACAACAAUACGGACAAGGGCCUCCAACUUUCCACUCCGUGUCACAACACCAAGUCCUUCCAAACAGUCACUCGCAAGUCGGAGUUCAACAUCAAGGAAGACAUCUGGGAUUAAGGCAAAGACCAGAUGAUAUCGAUCCGCUUCAGCCCAUGCACAUUAACCAAUUCCCAUCACCGUUAGACCAUGCCAGGCGAAGGGAUGAGAUAUUUGGUGGUCGAGCAAGGCAUGAUUUACUGCGGUUUGGUCCUGAUUCUAUGACAGGAGUUCCCGCCGCGGGUUUGCCGUUACCUUCAGAAACUCAGAAUCAUUCUGUUGGACUUAAUUCAAAGAAUGGAAGCUCAACUCCCAAUCACACCUCUGGCAGGGAAGGGCUCUCACUCGUUCGUCCGGUUAUUAAAAAGCACCAUGAGCAAGAAAAUAAAGAGGCUGACGAUGGCGAAGGGCCAGUUCAUCCCUCAGACGUAUUUUGCUGUGUACCUGGACGUCUUUCGCUACUUAGUUCGACUUCAAAAUACAAAGUUACAGUUGGAGAAAUACGAAGACGAUUGUCWCAUCCCGAGUGCCUGAACGCAUCUCUCUUAGGCGGUGUUUUGCGGAGAGCGAAAUCCAAAAAUGGAGGAAAGUGCCUAAGAGACAAACUCGAUAAAAUUGGCUUGUCCCUUCCUGCAGGACGCCGAAAAGCCGCUCAAGUCACGCUUUUGACAUCUCUUGUGGAAGGCGAAGCCGCUCACCUCGCAGCUGAUUUCGAUUUUGUUUGUGAGUCUGAAUUCCCAGCAAGUCAGUUAGCUGAGUAUCAGUACCGACAGCAUGCCGACCCGGCAGAGCAACAAUCGAGAAAAAAUGCGCUUAUAACAGCAAAACAACUAGCGAAAGAGCUUCAAGACAUCUUAGCWCAGGAUCCUUAUCCAAAGCUGCGACUACCAAGCAGUACUCUGCCCGAGUCAACGCUUAGAAGUUUACAUACAUUUGGCCUGGUAACACACGGCUUUGGUUCGCCGUCAAUCAACGCCGCCAUGAACGCAUUUCAGGCAUAUUUAACUGAACUGUUAAAAUUCCACGAGGGGAGUGGGGGUGGGGGAAGUGGCUCCAGAAAUCAAAGUAUAGUAAAGAACGGAGAUACCUAGUGAAUCGAAUACUAAGUAGAUAGGCAUUAUUUAAAAGACGCAUAUAAGGCURUUCCAGAGAGAAAGCGACUGAAAASCAAGCAACGUGAACAUUUGCAUACGUCUGAACACU